GCAAGAUGGCGGCUGUACUGCCGAGGUGUAGGAGCCGCUCGGCAUGAAGUCAUUUUUUAACAAAUAGAUUAAAAUCAAACAAAUAUUUGAACACCGGACUACAGGGAGCUACUUGUACCACUUGCCACUCAUUACAUUCAUCGAUAUCUAAUUUUAUAUGUUGCGAUAAGGAUUUAUUUCUGACAAAAUGAUAAUUGUAGUAGCUCGCUAAACUAGCUAACGUUAGGAAACGCCGGAGAAAGUGUAGAAUGGGAGAAAAGCUAGAACUCAAGCUGAAGUCGCCAGUUGGAGCUGAAGCUGCUGGCUACUCGUGGCCAUUACCAGUAUACGAUAAACACCAUGAUGCUGCACAUGAAAUCAUUGAGACCAUUCGUUGGGUGUGUGAGGAGAUCCCAGACCUUAAGUUGGCUAUGGAGAACUAUGUCCUCAUCGACUACGACACAAAGAGCUUCGAGAGUAUGCAAAGACUUUGUGACAAAUACAACAGAGCCAUCGACAGCAUCCACCAGCUGUGGAAAGGCACCACCCCGCCCCUGAAGCUGAACAAGCGGCCGUCCAACGGGCUCCUCAGGCAUAUCCUGCAGCAGGUGUACAACCACUCGGUCACGGACCCAGAGAAGCUCAACAACUAUGAGCCAUUCUCCCCCGAGGUGUACGGUGAGACAUCCUUUGACCUGGUGGCCCAGAUCAUCAACGAGAUGGAAAUGAUGGAGGACGACACCUUUGUAGACCUCGGCAGUGGAGUGGGACAAGUGGUGCUGCAGGUUGCUGCAGCAACAAACUGUAAACACUACUUUGGUGUGGAGAAGGCAGACAUUCCAGCCACUUAUGCAGAGUCCAUGGACAAAGAAUUUAAGAGGUGGAUGAAGUGGUAUGGGAAGAAACACGGGGACUACUCGCUGGAGAGGGGGGAUUUCCUGUCUGAAGUGUGGAAGGAGAGGAUAGCCAACACAAGUAGUGUAAUUUUUGUGAACAACUUUGCUUUUGGUCCAGAGGUUGAUCACCAGCUGAAGGAGCGCUUUGCUAACAUGAAGGAAGGUGGGAAAAUUGUAUCCUCAAAACCUUUUGCACCUCUAAAUUUUAGAAUCAACAGUCGAAACUUGAGUGACAUUGGCACAAUAAUGAGAGUCGUGGAGUUGUCUCCGUUGAGGGGUUCAGUGUCCUGGACUGGAAAACCAGUUUCCUACUACCUUCAUACGAUAGACCGCACCAUACUUGAAAACUAUUUUCAUAGUCUCAAAAAUCCUAAACUCAGGGAGGAGCAAGAAGCAGCUCGGCGUCGUCAAGAAAAGAAUAGUAAAAGCAACAGCACCACGCCAACCAAGGCAAAGGAGCACAAGGAUUCCUGUGAGGAGGUUGAGCGACCAGGCCUAUUGGCAGUCGUGAAGGCGCCACCCAAACCGCGGCGCGCCAAACUCCUCAAGGGCCGCAAGCUGAGUGCUCGGAAGCGCGGGCGUCCCAAGAAGGCUGCUGUAGCCGCAGCUGAGCGAAAGAGCAAGAGCAGCCAGAGUGCCCUGGAUCUGCUGCAUGCCAAGACCCUCUCAGCAGCACCCCCUCAGGAUGCAUACAGGUCACCUCAAAGUCCCUUCUACCAGCUACCUCCCAAAGUUCAGCACUAUGCGUCUGGCCAACUUCUGCUGGGCCCCAGUCCUCCUGGCCUACAACAGCUUCUUGACAACAUUAAAGUCCAGUACCUCCAGUUCAUGGCCUACAUGAAGACACCUCAGUACCGCAACAACCUGCAGCAAGUCCUGGAGCAGGAGAAGCUCAAACACAGAGGGCUUUCUGGGCAGGCGGAGCAUCUGCAGACUGCAUGUCAGACCCACAAAGAGAAAAUCAAAGGGCUCUUCCACCACAAACUGGAUGAGCUGGGAGUGAAGGCCCUCACCAUGGAGGACCUAUUGGAGGCCCAGAAGGAGAUCUCGGCCCACAACCGUCAACUGAAGGAGCAGACCAAGCAGCUGGAGAGAGACAUGGCCGAGCUGAGGGAUCACAGCCUGCUCCUGUUGAAGUCUCGAUGUGAGGAGCUGAAGCUGGAUUGGCGCUCUCUGUGUCUUGAGAGCCUGCUGAAGGAGAAGCAGACCCUGCGUAGACAGAUCUCAGAGAAACAGCGCCACUGCCUCGAGUUGCAGAUCAGCAUCGUGGAACUGGAGAAGAGUCAGAGGCAACAGGAGCUGCUCCAGCUCAAGUCCUACAGUCCCUGUGAGGGCUCCCUCUACCACAAGGGCCUCCCCGGCCUGGAGGCCCUCCCCCGUCCUCCCCUGGACCACCACACCCCCAAACUCAGCCUGGCUGCGGCCAGCCUCAACAGUCUCAGCCCCGAGCUGUCCAUCAACAGCAUCGCCCCGCCCUGCUUCCACAGGGGUGGUGUGGGGACCAAGGGAGGGCUGCUCUCCCGCUACCUGCCUAUCUCGCCCGACCACGAGAUUGUACCCCCCACCCCAGAUGCCCGACACAGGCAGCUGGGUCACCCCCUCCCCGACUACACCCGCUACUCCCCAGCUAAGAUCGCCCUGCGCAGACACCUGAACCAGGACUCUAGUAUGGCACACUUCAGAGGCCUGGGCUUCACUGGUCUCAGGGAUAUGGUUGCUGUCACCUCUCCAUUAGGAGCUAAACUGAGCUGCCUCUCUCCCAACUCAUCAGACAGUCUGCAGAACAACACACCCAGGAGUGCUGAGAGGGGUGACACCAUCACCAGCCUGCCCAUCAGUAUCCCCCUCAGCACGGUGCACCCCAGCAAGCUCCCUGUUAGCAUCCCCCUGGCCAGUGUGGUGCUGCCCAGCCGAGCUGAGAGACUGAGGAGCACACCGAGUCCUGUGUUCCAGACGGGCCAGACCAACGGGUACUCCUCUAGCUCAGGGCUGAUGAACGGAGGCUCUCAUUCUGAGGACCAGGACAGUGCUGCCCCCUCCCCUCCCCCUCACGGUGCCCCUCUAACGGGACCAACACAAGGCCACAGCCCCCCUCUCAGCACCGGGGGGGUCCUCCACUACGCUGACGGCCCCCCCAGAAUCCUCCCUGAGGACUGGGCCGAGCGGCACGGUGAGUCUGACUCUGAGCCCCAGGACAGCGAGUCCAGACGCCGCAUGUUCUUCUCUUCCUCCUCCUCUUCCUCAUCUUCAUCCUCUUCAGGGGGCGCAGUGACUCGCCUACACCUUGGCUCGGGCAGGCAGGGCAAACAUCACCACGGCAACCACAACACCAAUAACCACCACCACUUGCCGGGCUCCCAGCACACACACACCCACGGCCAUGGAUCACAAGAGGGGCGCAAGCGUGGGAGGAGAAAGCGCAGCUCCACGGGGGCUCAACCUGCCAGCGGCUCACCAAAGAGGAGGUCCUUUCCUGGGCUCAGCUCCACCAGCCAACCCUCAGGAUCCCCACUCAACAUCAACUCCAUGGUGAACAACAUUAACCAGCCUCUGGAGAUUGCUGCCAUUUCUUCCCCGGAGCAGUCUGGUUGUAGCCCCUGUGGGCCAGACAUGGACCAGCCUCCUGUACUGAAGAGAGAACGCCCUCUGGAGAUCAACGGCUCAGGACACUACUCCUCUGCACCCAGCUCUGACGACGACUCUGGCUACCCUGCUGACAGCUCCAGCUCAAGAAUUGAAAGGAAGAUUGCCACUAUUUCCUUGGAGAGCAGAGAUGGGGCAGGCAGACCAGGGAACAGCGAGCGGGGAAGGAAAUCGGGAGGCAGCAGUGGGAACAGCACCGGCAGUGAAGUCUCCUCUUCAUCCUCAUCUUCCAACAGCAAGUGGAAGUCUACCUUCUCCCCCAUCUCAGACACCAAGCAGCCCCCAGGCGAGCUGAGGCAGGGGGGCUCCCCCUUCGGUAUGGGGAGAGAGCCACUGGGCCAAGGCACCGACUCAGACUCUGAUCACAAACCGCAGCAGAGGAGGGGGGGGGAAGGGGGUGGGGGCGAGUCCUCAGCAUCUCCGUACAUUCCCCCUAGCCCCUUCCUCAGCCAGGAGGCUGGUGGCCGGCCAGGGGCAGGCCCCCAGGGAGGAAGCAGCUCUGAGAGGCAGGCUAUGCCCAAACAGAAGCCCAGGGGGGAGUGGGAGCUGAAGACAUCAAGCAGCCUAGGAAACAGCCAAAACCUCUUCAUCUCUGCGGCUGCCAGCGGUGGUAUCCUGAGUGGGAAGGUGGGGGGAAGCCCAGUAGCUGUGUCAUCAGCCUCAGGGGCUUCUGUGGGACAGUACCUGGGGGCCCAGUUCCCCCUCGGGGGGGCCUCUGUCCUUCAGUCCCUGUUUGGGGCCCAGAUGCCCAGCACCUCGGUGAGCGGGGCCUCUCGCCUGGUCAACGGACACUCUUCCCUGGGGAGCUUCUCCAGCGCUGGGCUGGCAGGCGGAGCAGCUGGAGGUAUUUUUCACCACGUGGUGCCCUCAGUGUCGUCCCAUCAGUUUGGGGCUGUGCUGCCAGCCACAGGAGGCCUCAGCUCUCUGCUCAGUCUCUCCUCCUCCCAGCAGCAUCAGCACAUUGCCCCUCACUCAUGCUCCUCCUUCCUGGCCUCUGUGUCCUCCACCAUCCCCCUGCCCCUCUCACAGGCCCAGCAUAGCCGCUCCCAGACAGUACUGCACACUCCUCUGCCCCCCAUGCGCUCUCUACCACCUCCCCCGCCUCUACUUAAUGUCUCCUACUCUUCCUCUGUCCCCUUUUCCUCUGAGCCCACUCCCUCGUCUCGCUCUGAGUCCUUCCUCUCCUCACGACUAGUUGCCUCUUCCCUCCAGCAUCAGAGGGCACAGUCCUCCUCAAUCUCUCUCUCUGGCUCCUCUGCUGCUGCUUCUGCCCACCUUCCUCCUUCCUCUCGUAACUUCACAGCACACCACCCCCCUCACCUGCCCCCUCCAACCCCGGCCAGUAUAUCAGGAGGUGGGGGCAUCAUGUGGAGGACUCUGGGCUUGCCUGCUUCCUACAUGUCGUCCUCUCAGCACACCGGUUCCCGGCCUAGGUAGGGUGGGGGUGGGGGGGGAGUAGGUCAGUCAGAGGGAUAAGGCGGAGAGAUCUGGUUGUCCCUGUUCUCCCCAAGCUGCUAUUCAGUCCCAACAAGGUAACUGAAGAAUAUCUACCUCAACCCAACGUAACCUAUGCAAAUGGCCAGGUGUGGACCACGGUACUCUUUCACUGGUGCUCCUAAGCCUGUUAAAUUGCCACACACUCUCACAUUGACACACACAGCAUGGCAUCCUGAGCGGAGUUGAGCGGUCACGGGGGUUUUUGUGUCGUGGGUUGAGGCUGACUGUAAUCCGUGAGUUGUGUACCUCCCAUCCUGAAUGAAUUGGUAUGCUGCCUGCUCUGAACAUUAACGUUAUAGAGACACAGGACAUGCACUGUUUCCAUGGCAGUAAGUUGUACAGGUACAUCACUGUCACCAUGUAACCUGGUGCUACAAAGUAUGAAAUAUAGAUAACUAUAUUGAGCUUUAAGACUCAACUCAGACAUUUGAUGACAGAAGAAAGCACAGUUAGCAGUGUAGUUGUCCAUGUUAUAUUACUAAAGACAGACUGUAUAUGGCGGGAGACUCCUGUUGUACCUUCAUCCCAGUAUCAUCUUUGUUCUGUCAUUAUCUGACCACCAGGGUGUUUUCUUUGUCCCCCCCCACACACACGAAUAAUUUGUUUACACAGGACGACCAAUUCUGAUAUUUUUUCCAGUAAUUGGUCGUUUGACCGAUCAGCUCUGAAAAAUAUCUGAUGUGAUUGGUCAAAUAACCAAUUAGUGCAAAAAAUAUAUAUAUUUGUCUGCCUGUGUAAACGCAUCUAUAUAGUGGGGCAAAAAAGUAUUUAGUCAGCCACCAAUUGCAGGUUCUCCCACUUAAAAAUAUGAGCGAGGCCUGUAAUUUUCAUCAUAGGUACACUUCAACUAUGACAGACAUAAUGAGAAAAAAAAUCCAAAAAAUCACAUUGUAGGAUUUUUUAUUAAUUUAUUUGCAAAUUAUGGUGGAAAUUAAGUAUUUGGUCACCUACAAACAAUCAAGAUUUCUGGCUCUCACAGACCUGUAACGUCUUCUCUUCUUCCUCUUGGUUCGACCCGGGACGCAUGCGUCCCAUCUAGACAUCUGGAAAUGCAAAUGCACUACGCUAAAUGCUAAUAGCACUCGUUAAAACUCAAACGUUCAUUAAAACACACAUGCAGGGUACUGAAUUAAAGCUACACUCGUUGUGAAUCCAGCCAACAAGUCAGAUUUUUAUAAUGCUUUACACUCGUUGUGAAUCCAGCCAACAAGUCAGAUUUUUAUAAUGCUUUUCGGCGAAAGCAUGAGAAGCUAUUAUCUGAUAGCAUGCAACACCCCAAAAGACCCGCAGGGGACGUAAACAAAAUAAUUAGCAUAGUCGACGCUACACAAAACGCAGAAAUAAAAUAUAAAACAUUAAUUACCUUUGACGAUCUUUUUUGUUGGCACUCCUAGAUGUCCCAUAAAUAUCACUAUUGGGUCUUUUUCUCGAUUAAAUCGGUCCAUAUAUAGCCUAGAUAUCGAUCUAUGAAGACUGUGUGAUCAAGGAAAAAACUGCGUUUUAUAACGCAACAUCAUUUUUUUAAAUUAAAAAAGUUGACGAUAAACUUUCACAAAACACUUCGAAAUACUUUUGUAAAUGCAACUUUAGGUAUUAGUAAAUGUUAAUAAUCUAUCAAAUUGAUCACGGGGCGAUGUAUAUUCAAUAGCUCCACGUCUUCAAAUCAUGUUCAGAAAUUUCUACUCCAAAACAUCCCGUCGGAGACCGGAGGAAAUGGGCUGUCUCUUGUUCGUUUGACCAAGAAAAAAAGCCUAGGCAAUUGACAAGACUGGUGACAUCGUGUGGAAGCUGUAGGAAUUGCAAUCUCAGCUACAGGUAAUUUGGUUUCCAUUCAACAAUACAUGCAAGUGGCGCAUUGAUACUUUUUCCAGUUUUCAGUGAUCAGUUUUUAUUCCGCUUUUCGAUGAAACGCAUGCUCUGUUAUAGUCACAGCCGUGAUUUAACCAGUUUUAGAAACGCCUGAGUGUUUUCUAUCCACACAUACUAAUCAUAUGCAUAUACUAUAUUCCUGGCAUGAGUAGCAGGACGCUGAAAGGUUGCGCGAUUUUUAACAGAAUGUUCGAAAAAGUAGGGGGUAGGAUUAACCGGUUAAGAGGCUCCUCUGUCCUCCACUCAUUAACUGUAUUAAUGGCACCUGUUUGAACUUGUUAACAGUAUAAAAGACCUGUCCACAACCUCAAACAGUCACACUUCAAACUCCACUAUGGCCAAGACCAAAGAGCGGUCAAAGGACACCAGAAACAAAAUUGUAGACCUGCACCAGGCUGGGAAGACAGAAUCUACAAUUUGGGGUUAUUGCAGCUUGGUUUGAAGAAAUCAAUUGUGGGAGCGAUUAUUAGGAAAUGGAAGACAUACAAGACCACUGAUAAUCUCCCUCGAUCUGGAGCUCCACGCAAGAUCUCACCCCGUGGGGUCAAAAUGAUCACAAGAACGGUGAGCAAAAAUCCCAGAACCACACGGGGAGACCUAGUGAAUGACCUGCAGAGAGCUGGGACCAAAGUAACAAAGCCUACCAUCAGUAACACACUACGCCGCCAGGGACUCAAAUCCUGCAGUGCCAGACGUGUCCCCCUGUUUAAGCCAGUACAUGUCCCGUCUGAAGUUUGCUAGAGAGCAUUUGGAUGAUCCAGAAGAAGAUUGGGAGAAUGUCACAUGGUCAGAUGAAACCAAAAUAAUAUAACUUUUUGGUAAAAACUCAACUCGUCGUGUUUGGAGGACAAAGAAUACUGAGUUGCAUCCAAAGAACAACAUACCUACUGUGAAGCAUGGGGGUGGAAACAUCAUGCUUUGAGGCUGUUUUUCUGACGGCUGAUCCGUCUAAAGGAAAGAAUGAAUGGGGCCAUGUAUUGUGAGAUUUUGAGUGAAAACCUCCUAUCAGCAAGGGCAUUGAAGAUGAAACGUGGCUGGGUCUUUCAGCAUGACAAUGAUCACUGCCCGGGCAACAAAGGAGUGGCUUCAUAAGAAGCAUUUCAAGGUCCUGGAGUGGCCCAGCCACGAAGCAUUUUAAAAUAUAUAUAUUUAUUUUUAAUUUGAACUUUUCUCCCCUAAUUUCGUGGUAUCCAAUUGUUUAGUAGCUACUAUCUUGUCUCAUCGCUACAACUCCCGUACGGGCUCGGGAGAGACGAAGGUUGAAAGUCAUGCGUCCUCCGAUACACAACCCAACCAAGCCGCACUGCAUCUUAACACAGCGCCAUCCAACCCGGAAGCCAGCCGCACCAAUGUGUCGGAGGGUACACCGUGCAACCUUGGUUAGCUCACACUGCGCCCGGCCCACCACUGGAGUCGCUGGUGUGCGAUGAGACCAGGAUUUCUCUACCAGCCAAACCCUCCCUAACCCGGACGACGCUAGGCCAAUUGUGUGUCGCCCUACGGACCUCCCGGUCGCGGCCGGUUACGACCGAGCCUGGGCGCGAACCCAGAGUCUCUGGUGGCACAGCUGGCGCUGCAGUACAGCGCCCUUAACCACUGCGCCACCCGGGAGGCAGUAAGAAGCAUUUCAAGGUCCUGGAGUGUCCUAGCCAGUCUCCAGAUCUCAACCCCAUAGAAAAUCUUUGGAGGGAGUUGAAAGUCUGUGUUGCCCAGCAACAGCCCCAAAACAUCACUGCUCUGGAGGAGAUCUGCAUGGAGGAAUGAGCCAAAAUACCAGCAGUGUGUGAAAACCCUUGUGAAGACUUACAGAAAACGUUUGACCUCUGUCAUUGCCAACAAAGGGUAUAUAACAAAGUAUUGAGAAACUUUUGUUAUUGACCAAAUACUUAUUUUCCACCAUAAUUUGCAAAUAAAUUCAUUAAAAAUCCUACACUGUGAUUUUCUUGAUUUUUCUUUUUUUCCUCAUUUUGUCUGUCAUAGUUGUAUCUAUGAUAAAUUGCAGGCCUCAUAUUUUUAAGUGGGAGAACUUGCACAAUUGGUGGCUGACUAAAUACUUUUUUGCCCCACUGUGUGUGUGUGUGUGUGUGUGUAAUAUAUAUAUAUAUAUUAAUUACACACAGUCUAGACCAGUUUAACCCGACUCUGUACAGGACUAGGGACCAUGCAGCUGUGACUGCAUCUCUGUCGCUCUGCUAGCUAACCUUUAACCCUGAUAAUUUCUUCAGUGAAUUAAAUAUGAUUUGACCACAUUAGCUUUUGGAUACAGUAUGAAACGAGAAGCUGUUGGUUCAAACACACUGGAUAACAUAUUUGUGUUCCCUCACUGUGGCAACAUCCCUGGUGCAGGGACAGCACUAAAAAAAAGUUAUUGGUGUGAUCAUUUUCUGGAAAUUUAAUAGUAAGCCUCUAGUGUCUUCUCAUUCAUUUGAAUGCUGUGUCAAAAUGUAUAGAAGUGAACAGCAGAAAGACUUGAGGAUGUAAUGGGGAAACAGGAUUCAAUUACUGAGACAGUCAGUUGAUAAUCACUACUUAUAGAGCCAGCUAGGGAGUAGGGACCUGCAACGCAAUGUGCAUUCUUCACAAGUAGGAAUUUCAACUACUCUAACUUAAGCUUCUUGGUUUUGUUUUUAUAGCCCUGCUGAAAACACUGAUAGGAUGAAAAAUGCAGGUGUAAUUUUGGGACUUUUAAUACGGUCCGUGUUGUAUUCAGGCAAGUCUCUGGAACCCUCUCAAGGAGUUCACAGGGGAUGGGUAAAACAUUUUUUUUACGUGUCACCUUUUGUCCACUGAAGGCUGUAGUGGUACUUUCUGCAGCCUGUCCAACCUGCACACACUGGUAUACGAACAUCCUCACCCACACACUGGUAUACAAACAUCCUCACCCACACACUGGUAAAUGCAUGAAUAACAACAAACUACUGGGCAAUUUUCACUUGAUUUAUUUCAUUUUUGUAAACAACAUUGUACUGUGAAUGGGAGACAUUCUGACUGUUUAAUUGUGUAUAAUUUUGAUUAUAUUUAUGCUGUCAUGUUUUUGGUUUUUUGUUCUCCUGAAAUGUGUAACAGUGUAGAAUGCAUUAGGUAUAAGUGUGUACUUAACGUAGUCUGAAAACAUUGGUGCUACAAUCUGUAUAACUCUGGACUGUGCCUCAUUUUAUUUAUACAAUAUUAAGAACAUCAAUAACUGUCAAUACUUGGUGCUUCUUGUACACAGGGACGUUUUAAAUGCCAUUUUCUGGCAUUCUUUCUCGUAUUUAAAGUGUAGUUAUCAGAUUUUUGAAUUGUUGUACUAGUGUACAACUGCAGACGAUUUGGCUCAGAGUUAAGGCAAUAGGUAACGCUCUCAUUAGAUGUUUUCACACAGUAUUUUUGGCAUACUGCGAAACACCCUUUUGCUUUCAGAAACUUGCCACUUGUUCAGGACUAUUUGUAAAUGUUUUUCUUGUAUUCUUAUUUUUAACUUAAGUUUUAAGGGUGUGUUGCUGAAUAUGAAACGCCUAGAUUGCUUUGGGGUAUUAUUUAAUUAUUUGGGGGGCUGACAUGUGGCCAACUUCUACAACCUGUCAAACAGGUUGGGCCAGGACCCAAGGGAGACAGAGGUGCAGAGUUGUUAAGCCAGUGCUUUAAUAGUGAGAAACACCAUGACUAUUCAGUGUCAAUGAGGGCUUCUCUGAGAUGUACUGUACCAGUUAAAAGUUUGGACUUUUUUUUGGUUACUACAUGAUUCCAUAUGUUAUUUCAUAGUUUGAUCUAUUCACUAUUCUACAAUGUAGAAAAUGUUAAAAAUAAAAACCCAUGAAUGAGUAGGUGUCUAAACUUUUGACUGAUACUGUAUAUAUUUAUCUAGAGAGACUCGACGCUUGUGCUAUGUGCUUAACACAUGCAGAUAGAGAUUGUGUGCUGAAACUAGACUGUCUGGAUUGUAUCAGAUUUACUUUGUGCUUUUUAAAGAAAAACGUAUACUGGUGCUCUUUCAACCACACAGACUGAUUUCAGAAAAUGUUCUGGGUACAUCCAAAAACCAAAUGUCAUCUCAUUUCUACUGCCUGGGAUAUGUCUUAAAACCGCCUCCUUCCCAUAGCGUGAGCAUAUUACAUCUGUUUGUAAUUACAUGUUAAUUGUUCCAAUAUAACUGGUAGUAGAAUAACUAGUAGGUAUUAUGUGAGUUUGUAACAAUCAGGCUUCCUUUAGAUCUGAUUGCCAAAUGAGUCUUUAUUAAUUGAGGACGUGAAGCAGCAGGACAUGAAUGUCUCUUCAUUGUUUUGUUUGUUUCACCUAUACCCUGAAAGAAAAACUACUCAUCAAAGCAUUAGUCACAAUGUGGUCCGGUAAACGAGUGCUUUGUAACCAGGAAUGUUUAUCAACCCUUCAUGUUCAAGUGAAGUGAGGACAAUGAUUUGUUAAUUGUCAGACAUGAAUUCCAUUGUUAACAGCGCUGACAGGUCUUUUUUGUAAUGAUUGUUUUCAUUUUUUUUCUUGGUGUUUGAUUUCAUCACAGUUUAUCAAUUACGCUUUUAUGACAAGAUUCAGAUGAAGUUUUAAUACUCUUAAACAGACAGUGCAGUGCUCUCCUACACUUAAAAUGAGGGAAAAUGCAGCUAUUGAUUAAUACACUUCUCCUGUUGUGCUAGAGGGGGAAGGUUUAAACUUCAGCACAGGCUCUCGUUUACUUUUUAAUCUGAAUAUAAAUAUAUAUACAUCCUAGUUGGCUGGAGUGGCAAUGUGUGUGGGAGUGAGAAUAGUAUUGGGUAGUGAAUAUCAGGUUUUAACAAACUUUUACAACAUGCCCCAUUUCUAAUAUGUCCACUGAAGAACUAAGCCUACGAUCUCUCUGGCAAAUGUGGAUGAUAUAUCUUGAAGUCCAUAUAGUGCUCUAUACAUUUUCUCAAUGCAUAACUUUACAGUUAAGACUUUUCCACAUACCAAAACUGAAUCCUGCCAAGUCUCUCUCAGGAACUUAUCAGAUAUCUUAAAAUGCUAUAACACUUUGAAUAGUGUAUGUCCCACUUAUCUUAAAACUGGGACUUAUGUUUGUCCCUUUCUCAGGACCAGGGACCGCAUUUAUAUUUUGAUGUAACUUAAAUUGAUAUUGGUGCUAUGAGUUGACAAACUGCCGUAGAUGUAUGUUUGUCGUCUCAAUUUCUCACUGUCACACACAUCCAGCCACGCCAGCAAAAGACUGCAGGUUUGUUCGACUAGUCUGAAGAUGUCGUGGAAAAGCCUCAUCUCUUCCUACUCUCUCACACGUCUCAAUCCCUCUCCUCUUUCUAAAAAUGAAAUGUCCUUUGACCAUCAGUGUUGUGAUCCUUACAUAGGAGAACGCUGUGUGGUUGAAGGAAUUAAUUUAACUAACUCAGUAAAGCCAGGGCAGGUUUGAGGUGCAAUAGGCAAACCUACUUUCCAAAACACCCUGGGUUGUCAUGGAAACUCUUGGUGUUGGUGCUUUUAUCUUAAAUAUGAUUAAUGACAAAUUGAAAUUUGUUUCGCUUUUUAUGAUUAAUAAAAUGUUUUCUUAUGAAGUGUU